AUGCAGCCCUACAGCGAGCGAACAACGAGCCAGGCCUCCCAUACGGGCGAGCUCCUGCCCCCAGGCCGCCUCCGCAUCAUGGUGGUCAGUGUCCACCCGCCCUACGGCGGCGGAUCGGCCCACUCUAGCAAGGAGCUGGCGCUCGGGCUUCGACGAUUGGGCCACGACGUGCUCCACGUGGCGCCCUACAACCACGACAGGGAGGAGUCGCUCGCCCAGGAGGAGGGCCUCCACUGGAUCAAGGCCGAUUUCCCCUGGAAUGAGCUCUCCAUCUCCGCUGAGGCGCAAGCGUCGAUGGACGCCGAUCUCCAGGCCGUCUACCGCAAGCACGGUCCGUUCGACUACGUCAUCCUCGGGCGAGAGACGUUCGUGUGGCACAUGCACGCCAUUCGCGAGGUGCACGCCGGCCCGGUGAUGCUCAUCGUGCGCGGUGCCUACAUCAAUCGCCUCGCGGGAAACACCAACGAGACCAUCGAUCCGCAGCUCAAGGAGCAGCUGGUGGGCCUGUACCGUGAAGCCGACGUCAUCGUGUGCAUCGCGCGCCAUCUCGUCAAGUCCAUCAACAAGGUCAUCUUCGACGACGACCUCGAGCGUGCGCGCACCGCCUUCAUCCCCAACCCCAUCGAGCUGCCGGCCUACGACGCCUCCAGCCAAAUGCGGUGGCAGCCCGGCCAGACCAUUCGGUUGGCCAUGGCUGCGCAGAUCAAGGGGCGCAAGAAGCCGCUCGACGCCGUCGAGAUAGUGCGCGAGCUGCGCGACAGGGGCGCCGACGUCGAGCUCACCGUGUACGGCGACGGGCCGGACAUGCCCCGCAUGCGCGCCCUCAUCGAGCGAUACGGCCUCGAGAAGCAGGUAGUGCUCCGCGGCCACGUCACGCGCGCCGAGGUGCUCGAGGGCUUCAGCCGCGCUGAGACCGUCCUCCUGUGCUCCGACAAUGAGGGCUGGCCGCGCGUGCUGCAGGAGGCCAUCGCCGCCGGCAAGGGCGUGGUGGCCUACGACAACAUCGGGUCGCGCGAGGUGCUCAAGGAGUGGAUCACCCCGUGGGCACUCGGUCGGCUCGUGCCCAUUGGAGAUUUCAAGGGCGCCGCCGAUGCCGUCGCCGACCUGGCCCACGUCCUGCGAUCCUCCAACGAGCCCAUUCCGCCUCCGGAUCUGCCCAACUCGCUCGCGGUCCUGCGCGAGUACGAGUACACCCUCCGCCAUCUCGACUCUCAUCUCUAG